UAUUACUCGUACGAGUAAUAAAAUUACUAUUUAUUACUGGAUAAUUUAUCACAGCCAGUGAUACUUUUCUAUAAGGAACGGAGCACAGAAAAAACACGUACGGCCUCUUUACCGUCGCGAGAUGACGUAAUUGAUAUGAUUGACGCAUGCUAGUUUAAGCUCCGAGAUAGAUAUCGCGGAUAAACACAUGGCGUACGGUUUGCCAGUUAUUUACAAAUCGUUCUGCUGAAGACAGGGAAAGUUUCGGUCGUUAAAACUUGUUAUCUGUACGUGUUCGUGUCGAAGAAUAUAUUAUACAGGAUGUACGACGCAAAGUGUCCCAUAUCUCGCGCGCGUGUAGAUUAGAUCAAACUGAACUCAAAAUCCUGAUCAUUUUGCAGUUCGAGCUAAUCUACAUGCACACAAGAUAUGGGAAGUCAGACAUCUUGUACGUGUGCCACAUACGAGACAUUUGAAGUUGGUGCAAGAACAUUUGUGGUGAAUUACCAGGCGACCAAUGCGAGAUACGCAAUCCGCGCUUCACACACACACACUAAUCUGAAGUUGGUCUAACAAGUUUACAGUCAUAAUUUUUCAUCUACGAGGUGACACGUAUGUGUCUGUUCGUAUACGAACGGUGCGUCUAUGGACAUGUGAAAACCUUGAGUCGACGCACUGCUGGCUGAUGUGAGUGAAAGUACUGUUUUCCUCAUAUAGUCGGUAUUUUCACGGGGUCGGUGCAGUUCCGAACGAUCGACGGUGGUGCGAAUGACAAUUCGACGAGAACCAACAAAAUAAAAUUGAUCGGCUCAAAAGCGUCUUGUGUGAGCUUCGUCGGACUCGUGGCAAAUCAAUUGUCGAAAUUCCCUUAAAAUUCGGGGUGAAACAAAUAUCUGAUAUCUUUUUUCUAUCGUAAUCGAAUAACAAAGACAAUGUGGCUUACGAUAAUGUGUCUGUCGGUGAUAUUCAUGAUAAAGAUUCUGCAUAACUGGCGGCGACCACCGAAAUUUCCCCCAGGACCGCGCGGCCUGCCAAUCGUGGGAAAUAUAUUCGACGUGAAACGUCUGGUGGAGGAGACAAAGUUCUAUUCUCAGGCUUGGUGUCGCCUGGCCAAUAUUUACGGACCGAUCGUCGGUUUGAAACUCGGUAUGGCCAAUCCUCUGGUCAUCGUUUCCGGCAGAAGUGCCGUGGUCGAGAUGUUGAAUCGACCCGAGUUCGAUGGCAGACCCGAUGGAUUCGCUUUCCGACACCGGACGGGGGGUGUGCGAAGGGGUGUGAUAUUCACCGACAGCGAUGUUUGGCGUGAACAGAGAAGAUUUACUCUGAAAACGUUGAAACAGUUCGGAUUCGGGAAAAUCACGAUGGAGGAUUUAAUACUGAAGAACGCUGUUGCCUUAACUAACGCGAUAGGAUCGCUGGCUACGUCGGGGCCCAUUAAGAACUUACACAACAUCACGUCUAUAGCCGUCCUCAAUAGUUUAUGGACAUUGGUUGCUGGCUCGAGUUUCGAUCUAGAUAAUCCGAGAUUAAUGGAAAUCUUGUCGAUAUUAAACGACAUUGUGAGAAGCAGCAACAUCACCGGAGGCAUACUGAAUCACUUGCCAUUCUUGAGACACAUCCUUCCAGGAUUGACCGGAUUUACCUUACUUAAUCAGAAAAUGGCGCGGAUAUUGCAAUUUCUCAGGAGCGAAGUGGCUAAGCACAAGCGAACUAGGAUACAUGGCGAGUUCAGAGAUUUUAUCGAUGUUUACCUGGCGGAAAUAAGCGCCGAGCAAUCAAAGCUGAUUGUAUCGUAUUUCGAUGAGGAGCAAUUAAUUAGCAUCGUGAGAGACCUCUUCAGUGCCGGCGUGGAAACGACGAACAACACAAUUGGCUUCGUAAUAACAUAUCUCGCGGUAAGGCAGGACGUGCAAAGGAAAUUGCACGAGGAAAUCAAGGAAGUUCUAGGCAAAGACACCCUACCUCGCAUAGCGCACAAAAAUCGGCUGCCGUAUUUGAACGCGACGAUAGCGGAGGUAUGGAGAAUGUCAAAUGUAGGUCCUACUUCGAUUCCUCAUCGAGCGACGGCGAAUACGACUUUACUCGGUUACGAGAUAAAGAAAGAUUACACCUUACUGGCGAACUUUAUAAGCGUACAUAUGGACGAAAAGCAUUGGGGCGAUCCGAAGGAGUUUCGGCCUGAGAGAUUUAUCAACGACGAGGGCGAAUACGUCGAGGAUCCUUGGUUAAUGACGUUCAGCUUGGGUCGUAGAAAGUGCUUGGGCGAGACUCUGGCGAGGCACAGCAUAUUUCUAUUCGUCGCAUGUCUGCUACAAAAGUUCCGCUUUGUGUUACCCGCAGGACAUCCGGAUCCGAUUUUAGACGGUAUCGACGGCUUCACAAUCGCGCCACCCGAUAUAAGUGUUCUCGCUAUUAAAAAUACGUAAGUUUGUCAACAUGUUGGAGUAUCUCAGACGAAUAUAAAGUUUCAUAAGAAAAAGUAAAUAAAAUUUUGUUCUAAAAAAACAAUAAAUCGCAUUCAAUGAUGUAAGGAAUACAUGUUAAUGCUUUACGUUGCGAAAGAAACUAAAUCAUAGCUUAUACUCAAUUGACUGUCGAAAAUUAGCGGUUAGAAAAAG